AUGUUACAUCCAAUGGACCAAGUUAUUGCAGAACCAUUCAAACUCGACAUCACAAUCGUGUCAAACGACCGCUGCAAAGAGAUUAGACUCACACCUUCAGCCGAGCAUGGGAAGCAAGAAAGAAAUGUGCUUGUAUGGAAUCGCAAGCGAGAUCUAGCCGACAACGUUUAUGUGGAGGAGUCGCAGGGUGGAGAGUUGCGGGUCGUCAAGCGGGUGGUUCAGCGUGACAAGACCAAUUCUUCUGAGUUGGCCGUUAUAGGGACAAUCACAAAAGCGACAGAGGCUCAACGCAAAAGGCUUUUUGUCGAGUUCAAAGGAUGGUUUUCAUUCCAAGAUUACAAAGUACUUGUCGUACAGAAGUCUCCUAUUCAAGUCAAGCUUGCAGAUUUUGGGAUCAGUAAACUGACACGGGCGAAUACUGAGCUGCGGACACGCAUUGGCACAGAAGGGUACAUCGCACCAGAAGUCUUUGGGCUCCUGGAUAGUAUGAGAGAAAGCUCAAGCUAUACAAGCGCGGUGGAUAUGUGGUCUCUGGGGUGUCUGCGAUACUACGUCUUGACCAAGAUCACCCCAUUUUCUACCUUUCUUGUGCUUCAGGACUAUGCAAAGGGUCACAUCGCCUUCCCUGAAGCUUCUUUAUAUGAGAAAGGGGUUAGCAUUGAUGGCAGAUCAUUUAUUCAAAGACUACUGCGUCCUUCGCCGGGAACACGUCCCAAGGCCUCAGAGGGACUACUCGUUGAGUGGAUUAUUCCAAUGAAUGCUGGCAGACUCCCAGAGAUCCCGCAUGUUCCAGAAACUGUACAGGAGUCUCCAUUCGUACCAAUCACGAGAAGCUUCGGCGGCUAUCGCUCUAGCAUAGAGCACAUCAAGCCACUAUUUUCUCCUCAUAUGGACUAUCUCUCCCUGGAGCUAUGGAACAUGUGCAGUAUUGAGAGUACGUCUUUUGGGGCUGAGGAACGACUUUGUGUUCUUCUAGAGGCAGGGGCAAACCCGAAUAUACUCCAUACGGGGUACACAGCACUUCACCUGGCUACAAUUUGUGGGCUAAGAGCACAGCCGGUAAAAUGGGUCGAGAUCCUUCUAGAGUAUGGAGCAAAAAUGGGCAUUCGCGAUAUGCAUGGCCACACCGCACUUUACUGGGCCAUUGAUGGAAUACGGCGGAAAACCGGCUCUGAAAAAUUGAAGCUGUUACUUGACCGAGGCAUUGAUCUGAAUGUUCACGAUGGAUUCGGCGACUACCCACUCCAUCAAAUGGUUCCUGUUGUACACAGAUUGCACCCAUAUGGAGCUCCCCUACUUGAGAGGGCUCCGGACCCCUUGCUAAUAUUCAAGAGACUCCUAGCUCACGGCGCCUCGUUAGAGCUUCAGAACAAACAAGGAUACACCCCGCUAUCAUUGGCAUGCUCCCUCGGGGAUGCGCUUGUGACAAUAUUCUUGGUUGAAUGUGGCUCCAGUCUACAUGCUACCACUGAUACUGGAGUGACACCAUUGCAUAUAGCUGCUUCCACAUUUCGCGAAAACGAGCAAGUCAUAAGGUUCUUGUUAAAACAUGGCUCUGAUGCAAACGCCUAA